GUUCGUUGUCUGAAUCAAAUGACGUACAACAGAGUGCAAACAGACUAUUUUUAAGCACAAAGGUGCAUCAGAAGGUGCAUCUGUUUCUUGCAUUGUACGUGAUGGGGGAGGUGUGGUUUGCAGGAGAGGAUGGACAGAUAGGAGGAGGAGCUGCAAACGUCUGCCUGUUAAUGUUCAUCUGGCUGUGAGGAAGUCACCUCCUCAUCAGCCAAGCUUCUAGAGGAAUCGGUUUCCAAACCACACACCAGAGUGCUUUCCAAAGAUGGGAGAACAAAAUCCCAGUGACAGGCUGAGAGGAGACCAUCCGAAAGAGACGAAGGAAAAUGGCACAGGAAGCUUCUCCCAGUUCUCCUCAAGUGUACGCGCCAUGGUGCGCAUUCGUCAGAAGUACCAAGCCAUCAAAAAACGGCGUCUUGAGAUAGCAGCGGCGUCAUCCCAGAGCUUCAUGUCUCCACGGUCCACCAGCCCAAAAGUUUUCACUUUUGAAAAUCUUCAAGACACCAUAAACUCUAACCCUGCCUCCCCGCGCAAGCGGAAGAAAAAGAGGAAGGCGCGGGUUUUGUAUCCGAGCAGCAGUUUGAGAGCCGUACCCACAAAAGAGAGAAGCCGUGCAAAGAACUGCCUCUACUUGUUGUGCAUCAUCGUAUUUCUACAAGUUUACAAUGCCAUUGAGAACUUGGAUGACCAUGUGCUUAAAUAUGAUCUAGACGGACUGGAGAAAACCCUUAAAAGGGAAGUGUUUGGCCAACAGAAAGUGGCAGAGAGUCUUCUGGGUCAUUUACAUGAUUAUUUGUCAACUUAUGUACACAAUAAACCUUUAGCGUUGUCGCUCCAUGGACCCACUGGAGUUGGGAAGAGCCACGUUGGCCGAUUACUGGCUCAGCAUUUCCGCUCGGUUGUUGGCGAGGACUUGGUGAUGCAGUACUUCGUUCUGCACCAUUGCCCAACAGAUGACGAUAUCCCACAAUGCACCAAAUCUCUGGACUCUCACGUCUCGGAAAUGGUCACUCAGGCUGAGGAAGAGGAGAAGAUACCAGUCUUUAUCUUCGAUGAGGUGGAGCACAUGCCCAGGGAGUUGCUGGACACAUUGCAAGACCUGAUUCAUCCCAAAAACAACAACGAAUACUUAAACGCCAUCUACAUUCUCAUCAGCAACCUGGGACAUGAAGACAUCACCAAGUUCGUUCUGCACAACUCCAGCGUCGCCGUCUCAGGCCGUCUGAGCUUGAGUCAGGAGCUGAACCCUUGGUUGCGUAGCUACCUUGAAAGAUACCACAUACUAUUUUUGGAGGCAGAGCUCCUGCCCUUUAUGCUUCUGGAGAAGAGCCACGUAAUGGAUUGUUUUAUUGACGAGAUGUCCAGGGAAGGAUUCUACCCAGAUCGAUCCCAUGUAGAAAGGCUUGCGGAAGAACUAUCAUACUAUAUAGUUGGCGAAUGGAAAUUUUCUCGCACCGGAUGCAGGCAGGUUGUGGCAAAAGUGAACCUUCUCUGAAACAAAAUCUGCCGUGCAGAUGGUCAACGUGAGGAAAUUGUUAUUGGUUCACAUUUUUUCCCCAUUUCAUUGUACAUUCUAUGUAAAAAAAAAAAACUUUUGUUGUAGUUAUACAUUAUAUUUGUAAAGAACAUGCUAUACUGUACUGUUUCAAAGUUUGGGGUGCGUAAGAUUUUUUUUUAAUGUUUUUGAAAGAAGUCUCUUCUGCU